UUAAGCAUGUCCAGGUAGCGGGUGUUUUGAAACAUAAAAGGUUGCACCCUCGUGUGUGCCUUGUGUUGAAAGGAGCCGACGCAGCCGACAGCAGCAGGAGCAAAUGGCCUGCGCUGAUGGGGACAGGCAGGAAGUCCUUUGGGGCAUUUCUGUUUCAUCGCAGCUUUUCCUGGGGCUGGAAGCUGAUCAGUAUCUCUUUUGGGGGCCUGAACCCUUUUCUCCUACGCCAGAUCCAGAACCAACACACCUACCACUUGGAGAAGUUCCGGCUGGAGCUGACCGAGCUGGAGGCCAUCCGUGAGGACUUCCUGCGUGAGCGGGACACCAGCCCUGACAAGGGUGAGCUGGUCAGUGACGAGGAGGAGGAGGAUACCUGAGUGGGCUCCGGGACGCUGCUCUUCUUGCCUUCACAACCAAAGUGUGCCCAAAGGGCGAAAGCACGCUCAAAAGCCAGAAUGUAACAUGUGUGGCCUCUGGGGAUCUGCUGGGCAGAUGUCCCAAGCCAGGCUGCACUUCCUCAUUUCCCACUGUGCGGGGCAGGGGUGGGAGGUCUAAUCUGUUUACAGCCAUUUCUGUGCCAUGCUUUCGGUUACACGUAUCUCAGUCACGCUUUCUGCCUGAUUGGUGGAUCCUCGGGCUGACCAGUGGCUAUUUGCAAGAGCCUGUUUCCAGCCUCCAGUGCCCUGGAGGUCCCUGGCCUCCACUGGCUGCCAUGUCAGGGGGCCCUUCUGGCAGGGGCUGCCCUACGCUGCUGUUCCUCCUCCGAACCUUCACCCCAACACCCAGCCUGUGGCCCCUGCAAGGGGGAACCUUGCCAGCUGGGAAACCCAAAGGCCUGUCCAAAUGCGCGCACCAGGACCGAGGGGAGCUCCCUCCCCACACCUGCUGGGAAUUGCCAACUUUUAAAUGGAUGGGGCUUUUCAUGGGUUGAACCUCUGUUCAUACUUUUGUACACUUUCACUACAGUUUAUAUUUUUAUAGGCUAUUUUCUCAAGGUGUUUCUAGAUUCCACAUAUCUAUUUUAUAUAACAAGUUCUUAUAUGUGACUCCCUUGUGUGUAUCUGUGCCAGCCUCAGCCUCCGAGUUGCUCUUCCCUCUGGCCCUGACUCUCACUGACUCACCGAUGUGAUGUGCGGGCCCACUUCUUACCCCAGGUAGCCUCGGGCGCUGCCUGUAGUCAUGCUGACAGCUGUACAGUAGCCGCCAAGACUGCUGACGGCUGGAGACGGUUCUGGUUUCAACUACGGUAUGUCGAUAUCUGAAGUAUUCUAGACGGAUCCUCGGUUGGGUUUUCUAACUAUAUGUUUGUAUUGCACAGAUCCCCACCCGCCAUCCUAUAGUGUUGUCUUCCCGUGUGUUCCGGGGCUUCUGGGCAGCUGGGCCUGCCCGGGGAAGUCCUUGCAGGUGGGAGGCCAUGCAGAGACCCAGUGUGUGCCACUGAGCGUCCCACCGCUGCUGGGCAACUGGAGGACUGCAGGGGGCGCCAGGUGACUCUCUCCUUUUAUAUCACAGCAGCUCCUGUGCUGACCUUCAAGUGACGUUUUGGAACUGUAAUACUAAAGGAAGAAAGCUACUAAUUUGUAUAAUAUUC